AUCCUGCCGUCCGAUCCCACCUCCCGAUCCUGCCGCCCGGACUCCCCACGACCCUACCUUUCUUCCUUCCCCGAUUUCACCGCCGCCAGCUGUCCAAUCCCGCCGCCCAGCCCCCGCCCCCAGAGGUUGGAGGUGCGAGCGAUAGCCCCGGCGCCCCCACUGCCAUUACCCCCGCCGCGAUGCUCGCGUUCGUGAGGCGUCACGCGCACAUCGUGCAACCCAACCCCCUUCCUCCAUCGCGGCAGAACGACAUCCUCCAACUCCGGCGGCCUCCAUUUCCCCAUCCUCUUCAACGCGCGGCACAACGACCUCCUCCUCCCCCACCGGCGGCCUCCACCAGACCACCACCCCACCGGUCGUCGACCUCAACCGUCCGUUGACCUCAACCGUCCACCAGACCACCUCACCUCCUCCAAUUCCCGCGCCCGCGCCUGAUAUGGAAGGUCCGCCGGAGGACUCGGGCGUCGAGGCCAUGGCGGAGCAGCACCCCUUCUCCCCCCUGCCUCGCGCGCGGCGGCCGAGAUGGUGCUGGCUGGGUUGUUCGAGAUGAUGGUCCUUCCCGCCCUCCCUGCUAUCCUCGCCCCAAAUCGACGAGAAUCAUGCAGCCCAAAUCUGAGGUGGAGGCGUCUGCACUGUCGAUGGAGGUGUCAAGUCUGCAGUGGUGUCUGUAGAUGGGAAGGCAUGGUGUGCAGCGGCAGCGGCCAGGUGGUGUCGCUGAGCCUGCCCUUUUACGGGCUCACUGGCACGCUCUCCACGGCCUUCGGGAACCUCACAUUCCUGCGUAUGCUGAACCUGAGCUCCAAUUCAUUCCGCGGGGAGGUCCUAGCGACCAUCGUUCGCCUUGCGCAUCUGCAUGCGCUAGACCUGAGCUACAACGCCUUCUCCGAUGCUCAUGACAUUUCCCAAUGCAACAAAAUAUCUGAAAAAGUGCUUGAUGGUUGCGUGGAAGAGGUGGGGGGCUACCGCGUCGGCUACGACAUCAAGCUCUCCGGCACCGAGUCCCCUAGGUCGGUCACGGGGCUCGAGGGCGUCUGCGUCCGUGUGCUAUUUGCCUGGGUGCUCAUCACCGGCGUCGAGGCGGCCGAUGGAGAGGUCACUGUCCACAUCGGGCCAAUCAGGAAGUCGUUCCCCGCCGUUGGGUUCAAAUCCAGCCCCUGGUGCAUCAUCGGAUUGGCGACGAAAGCCUGGCCUUUCCUCAGAGUGCUCGACGGUUGCGUGGAAGAGGUGGGAGGCUACCACGUCGGCUACGACAUCAAGCUCUCCAGCACCGAGUCCCCUAGGUCGGUCACGGGGCUCGAGGGCGUCCGCGUCCGUGUGCUGUUUGCCUGGGUGCCCAUCACCGGCGUCGAGGCGGUCGACGGAGAGGUCACUGUCCACAUCGGGCCAAUCAGGAAGUCGUUCCCCGCCGUUGGGUUCAAAUCCAGCCCCCGGUGCAUCAUCAGAUUGGAGGCGUGGUCACUUGUCAUGGGGUGGAGACUAAGGAUCCAAGCCAAUAUCACGGACCACAACAUCAAGUGUAUGAGGCAGGGCAAAGAGGCCAACAGGUGCAGGUUUUCCUCAUUUUUAUUAGAUCCUUUCUUAGCGAUCUUGGAUCUCCACUCUCCAGGACUCCAGGGUUUGCCGUUUGCUUGACGAUCACACGUAUCAAAAAGGGUUCUCAAGUAUUAUUGGUAAAGUAUCACAAUUAGAUAUAGCUUGAAGUUGCAUUUUACGCGUUGAGCUAUCACAUUGUAGACUAACUUGUACAGUUUUCUUUUGCAGUCCUUCUUGCUUGCUUUCACAUUUGGGGUGUUCUGCUAUAAUUUACGUUGAUUAUUUUUCCCUUGCAAUUUGGCAUGCAUACAAACAUUUGCUCUCUAUUUUUCUAUCCAACAUAAUUCAUGAUUUAAAUAAAGGAACUAUUUCUUAAAAGUCUUCUAUUUAGUUUCAUCCUUUGGAAAACAACUCUGCUACUAAUGUGCUGCCCCAGACCCCAGUUUUACUUCUAUUUGACCUGCCAGUGAAAGCAUUUGGAGAUUUUCUUUUAAUCCACCGUGAAGCAAAUUCAUGGCUAAAUGCUGCAACGUUUAGUCUGUAGCAGUGUCCUACUUCUUCCUACUUAUUAAUUAGUUGAUGGCUACUUCCGUAUGAGUUAACAACUUAUAUGUGAGAGGGCGAACGAGACAGAGUUGAAAACCCUGCAUCCAUCCAAUCUGGACAUACAUAAAAGUUGUCAUAAAGAAAGGCACUUGUCCAGGAAAAAUGUUUUAUUGACUGUCCUGCUGUUCCUUUCCCCGCUAAAUAAUGUAUCAAGUUAAAACUUAGCUGAGAUAAUGUCAACUUAAGCUUUUCCAUGUCGGCAUAUGUGCUUCCCACAAUCUUCGGAUGGUCUUUUUUUUAAAAAAAUCUUUGGCCUGCUUCAUCAAGAACUAGAUUUGAUCAUGUUCUUCUCUGUGUUGAUGAAUUAUCUACAGUUUAGCUAUAAACACAUCUGAAAUGUUAGUCUAUUGAAGGAUACUUGGAUACUGAAGCCAUGCAUCUUUAAAUUGUUAACUUUUCUUUUUGUGGUUUAGUAUGGAUGAAUAAAAGGGGAAAAAGCAAAAGGGAACAAGCAUCCUCUGAUUUUUAUUUUGAUGAUGCAAUCUUAGAAACCCUACCUGAACUGAACACCUCUUUUGGCAUUUUAAAAGUGCUGCAAAGGAAACAAGCAUCCUCUUGCUUUUGUAUCUUUAGUAUGUUGUCGGCAUAUGUACGCUAUUAUGUCCUUUUUUGGUUAAAUAUCUAUUAUUCAUGGGUUUGCUGUUCACAUGAAUCGCAUAUAGCUAUCACCUUUGCUGCAUUCAGGUUGAUGCUAUGCUCCAAGAAUUAGAAAAGGAGAUUGAUGAUGUGGAUGCACAAAUUGGAAAUCGUUGGCAACUGCUUGAUAAGGACCAUGAUGGCAAAGUGACCCCUGAAGAGGUGGCGGCGGCGACAGCUUAUCUCAAGGACACCAUAGGGAAAGAAGGCGUGCAAGAGCUCAUCAGCAACCUUUCUAAAGACACAGAAGGAAAAAAUCCUUGUUGAAGAUAUUGUGAAGCUAGCAUCCCAAAUAGAGAACAAUGAAGAGGAAGAGGAAGCACGGUAGAUGGGAGAGUAUAUGGAAACAUCACACUCGUUCAGCAGUCAAAACUCAUGUAUUGAAAGGCAAUACAUCCAUUUCUUGUGUCUCUUGACUGACUUUGAUAGUGACUUCCAAUUAGCAAGGUAGAUUUUCUGUAGAAAGGCUCAUGCUGACAUGCAUUUAGUUAGCCGUCGUGUUGUGAUUUGGUAGGUAAAUUGCAACCAAAAUUUAGACCGGUUGCAUGGACGUGGAUAAUACAGAUCAAUUGUAUUUGUUAUGCUACUAUGCAAUCCCGAAAUAUUGGAUCUGUUUCAAAUUCUCAAGUAAUCAUUGAUGGAUGCUA